UGGUGAAAGAGGACAUGUGAUCUGCUAUUAAUCGGGAUUCAGUCGAAACAUAAACUUCCAUAGCAAGUGUGUGCCUUUGAAGCGGUCGGCCACUUGUGUAAUACUGUCUAUGAAGAUCACAACCACGCAAUAUGUUCACGCUCCGCAUUUUCCCUCUGUGGUGCAACUUCUAGACGUUUUUUCUGUCCUUGCUGGCACCAGGCUUUCUAUUUUUGAGGAAAAUGGUGUGUUUUCAGGGCUUAGUACAGCAGAUCUGCGGAGUAGAUAAGGAGGAAAGCUCCACUCUGGUUCGGAUCGAACCUAAAAAAAACGUAGUUGUCCCACCAUUGCAGCUUCCCAGUGCCGCAUCUACUUCCGUGAGCAAGGACGCGCCAUCGACUUCCGGCGAUUCUUCGUCAACGAUACACGACGAGGUCUCGUCAUCGUGUGCUUCGGGUGCAGAAUGCGGCUCGUCUUGUGCUGGCAACGUGGGCGGAAAGUUGUUGGAACGUCCAGGAGCAGUUGCGACAGGAAACGUAAUUGCACCAGAAACGUCUGACCUAGUGUUAACUGCUUUUGAACAAAGCCGGAACGAGAAAGGGGAUGCGUCUGCUUCGUCAGUGGACAAAGGAGCAGGAGCACCAGCAUCAGGAGAUGCGCCAGAGCUGAGGCCUGCAGUUGAGGGUGUAUCUUUGGCGACUCCCACUUCGACUGCUGCGGCACCAUUGGUGCAGCCGACCUUCGUUCCCAGUGGGCCAGUUGCAAUCCACUCACCAAUGCGCAGCCCAGGGUCCGCCGGAGUCGCAGCGAGAGCGGCUUACGGCAAGAUCGUUCCGUCACCGACGGAUCCUUCGAGCUGUAGACUCGGCACACGUGAUGAAAUCCUGCCAGGUGCUAGCUUCGUAGAGCUACAGGAAGACAUUUUGGCGGCGAAACGAAAUCAGAUCAUGCAGCAGGAAACCACACUACCUGGAGGAAAUCUCAGCCACAGAAGCGAACCUGAUGAUGCAGGAUCGCACGUUGUACUUUAUCUUUUUUUGUCGUGUCGGAAACUGAAUCUAGUGGAGAAUUACGUGGAAAAAAACCUUCCAUGGAUAAGCACUUAGAUAAUUUUUCUCGUUCAAAGUCCCUCGUCCUGAAUUGUCUCCAUAUCAUCCCUCUAUGCGCACAGGAAGCAGCGAUAAGUCCCGAGCUGAAAGAACAGCAGAGGUUUUUAUCAAACGCUGUCGACCAAGCUGACGAUGUGCACUCCAACUUCGCGAUACAAAAAACUUUAGGAGUGGGCAGUUAUAGUAGGAUACGAUUGGCGCUGCUUCAAGGUACAGUUUCUGCCAAUUAUUUGGAGAAGCAAAUUUGUGCUAGUACUGACUAGCUAAGCAUCUUCUGUGAAUUUGUUCACAGAAAUAAUGAACAAUUUCAAUCUAUUUCUAAGAGACCGAAAAGUUUUCAGCCGCUAGCGCCAUUGUAAUUGAGCACAGUCUAGAGCACUAGCAAGCUACCAACCAGGUAAUUUCAACACAUCCGUUGGCUCCUUCGAAGUUGGAAAUUCCUCGUCAUCAACGCGCCCAAAGAACUUUAGACCUGAAACCGUGGCGCCGCUAGUGGCUGACACAAAAGACGGACAAGUUUUACCUUUCGCGCUCAAGAUAUUGCGGAAAAGCGACAUCGUUAUGCUGAAACAGGAGGUAGAACUCCUUGCAUACGACUAUACUCAAUAUGCAUGCUAGAAGAAGCCUCUGCAUCAUGGUUUACUCUUGAAUAGAAGACGUCUUCUCAUCACCUUGUGUCUUCUCACACUCUUCAGGAGCAUACGGUGUCUGAGCGGGAUGUGCUGGGAAUAUUGAAGGAUCACCCCUUCAUAGUAACGCUCCAUCGCACGUAUCAGGAUGCGCGAUAUCUUUACAUGCUGCUUGAGUAUGUUCCGGGUGGAGAAAUAUUUACCAUGCUGCGAUUGAUGGGACGCUUCCCGAAGGACCUGUAACGAAAAUGAAUUACAACUUCUUUAAUUUCUACUAACGGAAGUUUGUUUUUGUGUUGUGAUUUUCGACUGAUUCUACUCGUACUUAUACAUUAAUUUUCGGCACGGUCUCAUGAGAGGAGAUGCUCUAAUCGUCUUAUUGAAACUUGCAGGGUUUAUUUCUACGCAUGUCAACUGGUGCUGACAUUUGAGCAUAUGCAUCGAUUCGACAUUGCUUACCGCGACACGAAAUCCGAGAAUCUUCUCAUCGAUGCGGUAUUCCUUGUUAGGUCUAGAACUAGAGGUAACUAGAAAAUGCCAUGUGGUAGAACUGGGGACUCCUUCUGCCUCUCAUUUUUCGUAAGAAAUCAUGGAAAGUCUUACGUGCGCUUGCUAUCAUCUGUUCCCAUCAUUUCCUUCAAAAACCAAAAACAGAGCGGGUAUUUGCGAGUCGUGGACUUCGGGUUUGCAAAACAGUGUACAGAGAAAACGUACACCAUAUGCGGCACACCCGAGUACUUGGCGCCAGAGAUAUUGUUGAAUCUUGGUCACGAUAAGCGAGUUGACUGGUGGAGUUUUGGAAUUUUCUUAUACGAAAUGCUGGUCGGCACCACACCGUUCGUUUCGGGAGACAUCACGGAACUCUACCGGAAGAUUCUAGAUGGUAAGUUUUUCGAUUUGGCUACCUGUGUAAGAAAGCACUUUUGGCCGAUGCAUAGCCAACAUGGUUGUACUACUUAGAUGAAAUUCAAAUUAUAUAGAUGAAUAUAAUAUCAUCUACGGCUUGAUGUUGUCUGUUGAUGUGAUGUUGAACAUCCUCGAUGUCUGUGUCUUCAAACGUCAGGGGAAGUGGAUGCGUGGGGUGCAGACGUGGGAAUGGUCCAAUUCGAAGAAGAGCUAAUUUUGGCCUUACUAGUGGCAAGUCCCGACCAGCGAUUAGGCUCUAGAGACGGAGCGGCCGAUGUGAAAGCGCAGAACUACUUCUUCGAGACACCCUGGGAUUACAUACUGCGGAAGGAGGUACGAGGGAAUUUGAUUUUUGACUGAGAUACAAGACUUGUUGAGCAACUUUACUAGACUUGAGCGCCCGGUAGCACUCCUCCCACUAGGACCAUCCACCCCCGGCACGCACUUCCUCAACCCCGGGGCGAUUUCGCUCCCCCGGCUCCUCCCCCGCCCGACAACCGUCGGGCGGCGUUGAUCGUUGGAACAAGAGCGUGCGGCCAUUGAUUAAAAAGGCACAGAUCGAAGCCGUUGGCCUGUCGGUUUGCUCUUCUUUUGGUAGGUUUGGCCUUCUUUGCGUGCAAGUUGCAGCGCUCGAGUUUGCAACUUGUGAAAGUUCCUCUUCUUGUGAUAACCAUCGAAAGACUCCGAAGGGGGAACUUUUUAGGUUUCGUUUUUCUCGAUAUAAUCAAAAAACUUGGGUUUCCAGUCUCAAGUUUGAAAUUUUGAGACAAUGAGGCGCCGCUUUUGAUCUCAAACGUUCAGCUUUGGCCUUUUAGCUUGGGGCUUUCAGCUUCGAGCUUUUGGCUUUGAGCUUUCACUUUUGAGCUUUCAAUUUUGAAGUUUCGACUUCGAGUUUUCAGCUGUGCGCUUUGCUUCAGGUUUGGGCUUUCAGCUUAGCGCCUUAAGCCUUAAGCUUACGCGUUCGGCCUUGGGGUUGAGGAUAGGGCUUUCGCUGAUAAAGUCAAAAGCUUGGGCUUUUUGGACAAAGUUUUUGACUUUAGCGCCCACGAAUGAAAUUAGCUCGCGAAAUCUAACCAAGUUCAGAAGUUCAGAAGUUCGCAGCCGCAAGUUCAUGAGAAAAGCUAAACUUUUUUGCGUUCAGUCAAAUUGUAAAAGUUUUGACCCUAUCGCGUAAAUUUUAGAUUUAGCACCCAUCAAUCUGCGUGAAAUCUAACCAAGUGCAUAAGUUCGCGAGUUCGUGAGUUCCUAGGUUCGUGCGUUCGUGGGUGGGUUCAUGAGUUCGUGAGUUCAUGGGUCAGAAGUGGAAGAGUGAGAGUUUGGCGGGGUCGUUGUUUGUUUUCUAAUUUAGCUCUUAAUAUUCAUAUUGCGGCCUAGUUCUAGACAGAUUGACCCAAAAGGAUCAAUCUGUCUAUCUUUCGAGUCCCCUUUCAUCUUUUCCUCCUCUCAUGAUAACAUGGUAAGAAGAUGGAUACUCAUCAGCAUAAACUCGUCACAACCAAAACAGAUCCCCGCGCCCUACGUACCAGAGCUCGAGUCCGUUAUUGACGCGCGAAAUUUUCAAGAGUAUCCAGAUAGUGUUGAAGCACCGGAAGAAGUGGCGAUUCCGGAUGACCUAUUCGAAGGAUUUGAGAAUUUUUGAAAGGGUUCGUCUGCAACUUCAUGCUCUACUUCUUUUCGCGGACACUAAUGUGUAAAAGUCAAUCAAUGUUGUCGUGUAAAAAUUUAUUAAUUGUUGGGUGUCUAGUAUGUUUUUGCUGAUAGCUUACUGUGGGUAAGAGCAGAGAAGUUGUUCUAGAAAUUACAGUUUCUUCUUUUCUUGGAUUCGUGACGCCAUCGCGAUCUGAAUCGAUUUCUAUGGGCAUGUGAUACCAGAUAGAUCGAUCAACAACGUCAGCGGUAAGAGCCACUACGUAGUUGUUUUUCUUGCUGGUACCAGUGGACCUGUACGUCCUAGGGGAAACACUUGCUGAAAACAAAAAGAAAUCCAGGGUCUCUGAUAUGCGGGUGUGGUUGGUGCUUCUAUUUGGUGGUAGCAUUAGGCCAGAUUCCGCAUAUUACGUGCACCAUUGCCAAGGAAUGCCGAUGUCUUUAACGCAUGUGAACCUACUUUCCUGCCGUUUCCUGGCUCUAAUGGCAGAAUAUCCCGGACUACGCGUG